GAGCAAUGGAAAUUCCUUUGCAUCUCUCCUUUCACGCAGCAAACAGCUUGCCUUGCACAUAUUCGGACUGGAAACUUUUUCCACAUAUUUCGUCACUCGAAGCACCUUCUAAGCAGGUAUCUCAUCAGAGUGCCCUGAACCGGCUUUCACACGCACGGGCCCUAAAAUAGAGGCUGCGUUUGCAGGUACCCACAACACAAGGUCUGUGCGAGUAUUCAAGGUGCCUCGAAAGAGCGCUGCACUAUACUCGACUCGUAUCUUCUAUACCAAACACAAGGGGGCAGGAGGCACUGGCCCGAAGUUGUUGAAGAGCCUCAGAUAUAUGUGCUACAAUCUCGAGGUUCUAAAGACAACCUUGCAUCAAAUUCCUGAGUCGUCAUGGAAAUCCCAAUUGCGAGAACCGAGGACUUCGAGGAGAAGAAGCCAUCCCUGGAUACGAAGGGUGCCGACCAAGCAAAGCAUACCGACGGUGGAGAGCAAGGCGAUCAGGGACAUGAUGCGCGACCUGAUAUAGAUAGAUAUGAGCACGGUGCCGGAGCAGGAGAGAUGGUCGACGGAGAUGAGGAGGGCGGAGAUGAUAUCACAGUCACGCUCAGCGAGGAGCGCGAGGAGGAGCUUGGAUGGUUUGAGGAACGCCCUGGAUGGAAGUCGUGGCAGGAGUCUAGGUGAAAAGCCCCUUGAAUCGCAAUCACGCGAAAGUCUGUGUUGCUGGCCAGGUUAUUUCGAGAGGGCGGUAUGGGCACGUCAAUACCCUUAGUCGUUGUUACCCAGGAAUGUUGCAGGAUCUUGUGUUCCAGAGCGAAGAGUUCCCAAUCGGGAAGCUGCGGACCGGCGAAGUGGGUCUGAUGGUCG